AUGGAGGCCGCCUUGAAACUUGAUAGGCGCAAAGAGCUAGCGGAGUUGGGCAAAGCAAGCGGUGGUGUUAUCCCUGGUGGAUCGAGUAAGUCCGGAUGGAGCGCUGCUCGCCAUGCAUAUGCACUUCAGGCUCUACUCCGGCGUGAUAUAUGCAAUUCAUCUAGAUGCAGGAAACGUCUGCUUGAUAACUUCGAUCCGACCUUGUGA